CGUGAGUGGACGUCAGUGGUGAUAAGAAAGAUGCUUUGACACUAUCUUUCACAAAAUUUGCUUCGGAAGGGAGGUAACUGCAGUGGAGGGGACGAGUCAAGAUCGGCAAUGCGGAUUUCCGAAUCGCCAAGUUGUGGUGUUAGUCGCUCUCUGAGAGGAGACAAGUUCACUGUGUAUUUCUUUUUGACGGAUAUUCACGAUAGUGGCAGCCAUGUUCCAAUGUCACGAUGACCUCCUUCGCAACGACACCAACUACACGCAUGAUGACGUCAAAACAGCACUUGUUCAUCUCGAGCAGGAAGAGCUCCUCUAUAAAGUACCAACCUUCAUUUAUCUGUCUUUUCUUCUUCUCGUCGGCAUCCCCGGCAACAUUGUCGUCUGCGUCAUCUACCUCAAGUUACCCCCGAGUACCCCAAGACGAUUCAUUGUUGCGCUGGCGCUGUUCGAUCUACUCAACUGCCUCGUGGGAAUCCCGUUCGAAAUAGCUGACCUGAUAACGGACUACUUUCUAGAUAUCCCUACACUUUGCAGAUUAGUGCGAAUGAGUAAUACAUUCAGUUCCAGUGGGUCUAUAUUUAUUUUGCUGAUAAUCAGCGUUGAUCGAUACAGAAAGAUAUGUAGACCUUUUCGAAGGCAAAUAUUGGUAAACGAUUCAACAAAGUGCAUCUACGUGAUCACUGGAUUUGCUGGCCUUACUUCCAUACCGGCUGUUAUAGUCUAUGGCCGCCACAGCCUAUACAUCCGUGGCCUUCAGACAUACGAUUGUUCGUUCGAUGAUUCUUUCAGUGAAUACAUGUUUCCUAAACUCUACCAAAUAUGCUUGGCACUCGUUUGUGUGAUAGCAAUCGUCGUUCUUAUUCUGUUAUACACAUUCAUUGUGCUGAAGAUUGUCAAACAGAAGAAACGUCGAGCGACGUUGACUUCAGGGGCUCGACAAGCAGCAGCAGCAGCACGUGCGGGCAACGCUCCAGAGCGCGGAACAGACACUACCAACAGCGACACUCUCCCAUCUCGCUCAGACUCACCACCAGAGAAGUCACACGCUGAUAAAUCCUCGACCAGGAAGGACACGAAGAAGAGAACAAACAACUUUAUCCGGAGUUCCCGGAUGACGCUCAUGAUGCUGGCCGUGACAGUCGUCUUCAUCCUUGGCUACAUGCCGCACUUAGGGCUCCAGAUCACGCGCCAGAUACUGAGUUCAGAGUUCACGGACUCACUACACUGCAACCACGUUGGACUCGCAUUUUAUGCCUUUUUUCUGAGGUCGUAUUUUCUCAACAGCGCUGUUAACCCCAUCAUCUACAGUUGCUAUAACAAACGCUUUCGACAGGAGUGUGUGACACUGCUGAAGAGACUGAUGUGUCAGAAGACUGAGGCAGAAACCAUCAAUACAGUGACAGACAGCGAGAGCUAGGUAUCCCACCAUCUUCAAACGGAAAAAAGCACAACGCUUAUUGUAUGUGAACUGGGAACGUGGGGAGAUACACUGGGAAUAUGGUGACAAAGAUACACUGGGAACGUGGUGACACAGAUACACUGGGAACGUGGUGACACAGAUACACUGGGAACGUGGUCACACACAUACACUGGGAACGUGGUCACACAGAUAUACUGGGAACGUGGUCACGCAGAUACACUGGGAACGUGGUGACACAGAUACACUGGGAACGUGGUGACACAGAUACACUGGGAACGUGGUCACACACAUACACUGGGAACGUGGUCACACAGAUAUACUGGAAACGUGGUCACACAGAUACACUGGGAACGUGGUGACACAGAUACACUGGGAACGUGGUCACACAGAUAUACUGGGAACGUGGUGACAAAGAUACACUGGGAACGUGGUCACACAGAUACACUGGGAACGUGGUGACACACAUACACUGGGAACGUGGUCAAACACAUACACUGGGAACGUGGUCACAAAGAUACACUGGGAACGUGGUGACACAGAUAUACUGGGAACGUGGUGACACACAUACACUGGGAACGUGGUGACACAGAUACACUGGGAAUGUGGUCACACAUACACUGGGAAUGUGGUCACACAGAUACACUGGGAACGUGGUCACACAGAUACACUGGGAACAUGGUCACACACAUACACUGGGAACGUGGUCACAAAGAUACACUGGGAACGUGGUCAAACACAUACAUUGGGAACGUGGUGACACAGAUACACUGGGAACGUGGUCACACACAUACACUGGGAACGUGGUCACACACAUACACUGGGAACGUGGUCAAACACAUACACUGGGAACGUGGUCACACAGAUACACUGGGAACGUGGUCACACACAUACACUGGGAACGUGGUCACACAUACACUGGGAAUGUGGUCACACAGAUACACUGGGAACGUUGUGACACAGAUACACUGGGAACGUGGUCAAACACAUACACUGGGAACGUGGUCACACACAUACACUGGGAACGUGGUCACACAGAUACACUGGGAAUGUGGUCACACAUACACUGGGAACGUGGUCAAACACAUACACUGGGAAUGUGGUCACACAGAUACACUGGGAACGUGGUCACACAUAUGAGUGUAUCCGUCUGGAGGUUUGUGUGACAAAGUGUAUAAGUAAGAAUGUUUUUCGGCAAUUUACUUAUAAAGUUGAAGAUGAAAUGCGAAACCUCGGCGGAUAUCGUGUGGUACAUGGAAAUACCAGCAUUUCGCUAACUCCCUUUCCGUUAAUGUGGACACUUGAACUUGACGAAGAGCGGGAUGAGCUCAACACUGCAGGAUGUGAAUUGACAAUAAAGAAUUAGUAAGGAAGACAGUCACGCGUUGGUUGGCGGUUCAACCUACUCACUAUGUAGUCAUGAUGAUUAAUGAACAAUCUCACAAUCUCAAACGAGUCCUAAAAGUAUAGUUUACAUGUUCAGUACUUUGUAAAUAUGCCACAUAAAGAGAGAUCAACAUCAUAUGCAUAUUUGUUUAUGAGCCACAAAACUACGCUCCUUUACGAAG